CAUUAAGAUAAUUUUCAAUCGAGAGUGAAGAUAUAAUUUCUUCAAGCUCAUUCUAGUCUCGUCAAUUACCCAGAAGUUCAUUACGUUAAUUGCGUUUAAACAUGUUCCCCACACGAUUGCUAUUUUUUUUAUUAUUUAUAUCGGUAAUUAAUGAAAGGGCAAGUGCACUGCGAGCCCUCGCGAUUUUUCCAUUUCCCAGUAAAAGUCACGCGAUCGGAAUUCAGCAUCUGUUCCAGGCGAUGGCGCGGAGGGGUCACAGUGUCGAUUUGGUUUCUCAUUUUCCCAGGGAUAAACCGAUGGAAAAUUAUCGUGAUAUCAGUCUUCGGGGUAUUCUGCCAUCGAUCCCCAAUAGUACGACUUUUGAUAUGUUUCAAUCAUUUAAUUUCCUCGGGAUGAAGGACUUCGUGAGGAUCGCAGGAGCUGAAACCUGUGACCUGCUGGAGCUUCCGGUUUUCCAGGAACUCAUGAUGACACCCCGGGGGACUUAUGACGUCAUUAUUAUUGAAUUAUUUGUUGCUCCCUGUUAUGUGGCGUUUGGAGAGAAAUUGAAUGCUCCAGUGGUGGGUGCUGUGACAUCUAAAUUGCCGGAUUGGUUGUUCGACAGUUUUGGGAAUCCCCUGAAUCCCUCUUACAUGGCGAGUUAUUUUUCGAGUUCCACGCAACGCAUGACGUUCUGGGAGAGACUACGGAACACUCUGCAUGUUCAGAACACUCGUUUUCAGUUUGAUUACUACAUGACCGAUCAGAUUGCGCAGGUGGAGAAGCAUUUUGCCAGGAGAAUUUCGUCGCUCGAUGAGUUGUACAAGGAUGUAGCCUUAGUUCUGGUUAACGAGCACUUCAGCGUCAAUGAUAUCAAGCCUACGACGCCGGACAUCAUCGACAUCGGUGGACUCCAUAUUUAUAAUAAUACUCAGCAACUGACAACUGAGCUGCAGGAUUGGUUGGACGAGAGCACUGAAGGCUGUGUAUAUUUUACAUUUGGCUCAACCGUCAAUUUCGAAUCCUUCCCCAAAGAAGUACUGAGAAUUUUCUAUCGGUCCUUCGAGAGGAUUGCACCAGUGCGAGUACUCAUGAAAGGAGAUCCCGAGGUUCAUUCUAAAGAUCUGUCAAAAAAUGUUAAGAUAGUACCGUGGGCUCCACAGAUUGCUGUAUUGAAACAUAAAAACGUCAAGGCAUUCAUAACUCACGGCGGCCUCCUGGGAACUCAGGAAGCUAUCGCUUACAAAGUGCCACUGAUCGGUAUUCCCCUUUUUGGUGAUCAAUAUCCGAACUUGCGAAACUAUGCAAACCGAGGAUUUGCAGUGGUUCUAGAACUGAAGGCCCUCACCGAGGAUUCACUUACUGAUGCGAUAAUUACUGUCCUGAGGGAUCCAACAUACAGUGAAAACAUAGCGAGAGUAUCGGAACUCUUCUGGGAUCGGCCAAUGAAUCCCCUGGACACAGCGAUUUACUGGAUUGAGUACGCAGCAAAACGUGGCCUAGUCUUGAAAUCACCAGCGACUGAACUAUCCUGGUGGAAGUUACACUUAUUAGAUGUUUACGGAUUCAUGUUGAUAUGCGCUCUCACUGUUCUAUAUGCAAUCAUCAAACUGACCACUCUGCUAUGCAGUUGUGCCAGCAGAGUUCUUCCGAAGAAGGUCCCCAAAUCCAAGAAGCACAACUAAGUAAUUUCCCCCCUCUGAUUUGCACAAAUAAAACACCAUAUUAAAACGCGUAAAUUCGUCCAGACAGAGAUAAGCAGUAUCUUUCUGAUAUUUGCCAAUCCUAAAAGAUAUAAUCCUCAAGUGCUCACACGAGUUGAACCAGUUGUACCUAAAAGUCAUUGUAUAAACUUCUGAUUCUUUCGUUUGAGAAGAAUCAGAUAAAUAAAAACCCUGUGGAAU